AAAGAGCUCACCUCUGAUACUUAUAGAGAAGAUGUUGUGUCCAUCGAAAUAUCUGAAGACUUGUAUGAACGGUUUAUAAGUAGCGAAUUUAAUUUUAAUCAAAUUAAUGACGAACAGCGUUUAGAAAGAUUGAGAGAAUUUGGGAACAAUAAAUCAAAAAAAAGUAUUGUUAUAAAACUAACAGAAGAAUUCAAAGAAUUUUUAAUUAAAAUAUUAGCAGAUAAAGUAGCAAUCAUUCCUCAAUCCUUAAUACCAGUAAAGUUUGUCACUCCAAAUAUUCAGAAAUCAAGAUCUAAUCAUCAAUCAAUUCCUAAAAUGAUUACUACUGCCAUUGAAAAGUUGAAAGAUCGUAAAGGCUCGUCACUUCAAGCUAUUGAGAAAUAUAUUGUAGAAAAGUAUAAACUUGAUGGUGAUAAAUUAGCAUUAUUUUUAAAAGAAAUUAUUUUUAUAAAAAAAUAUUUAAAAACUACAGUUUCUACUGAUAUAGUUAAACAAACUACAGGAAAGGGAGCUUCAGAAUCUUUCAAAUUUUCAAUCACUAAAAGCAAAGAUGUAAAGACAUAAAAAAUGCAAAGAUAUCUGGUUAGAAAAAAAAAAAGAAAAAUAUCGGUAAAUCUGUUAAAACAAAGAUGAUAGUAACGGGUAAUAGCAAAAAAUCUAAAGCACUAACUAAAAAAGUUAAGUUUACUAAAAACCUUAUAGAUCAAAAAAAGAUUAAAGUUCUUAAUUCUAAAGCUAAUGCUGCUGUUAUCGUUACUAAAAAUAAGAUUACAAAAAAGCAACACAGCAGAAGACUGCGUUCAAAGAUAAGAAGAUUAUGAAAACAUCAAUUAUCAAAACUAAGACUCAUAAAUAAAAAAAAGCAAAGUAAGCUAUUACUAAGAAAUAAUUAGAAAAGGAAAAGACUGUUGAGCAUGCUCGAUUACAAAUAGUAUAACAAGACAAUAAUAAAGAGUAGAAACAUAAGAAGUUCGGACUACAAUUAAUGUGCUUUUCCAACCUUAAUCUCUAAUUCAAACAAUAGAGAUUUAGGUAUCUGAAAAUCUCUAUAUCAGAGUUGAAACAGAAAAAAAUAUAAAUCCAACAGUACACGGUACAUUAAGUUAUUCUAAAAUAUAAUCUAUAAUUAUAUGAUACUAUGUUUGAAAAUAUAUGGUAUCUUCAAAAAAAAAAAAAAAAUAUAGAGAUACUUGUAUUACAUUUACUACAUGUUUUAUAAAGAAUUAGGAUUAUAAUACACAGUCUGAUUCAAUUAUCAUUUAUUCAGAUCAAUACGAUACGGUUAGUCCAGUAAUGAUUUCUUAUUAUCAAGAAAGUUAAUAAUUUUAUUGUCUUAAAAGAUAUAACCUUUUUUUAAAAAUAUGACUAGACAAUUAUGUAACAGGUGGCAGAAGAUUGUAGAGAGCGAUGACAGACAUAUAUUUGGAUUAAAAUGAAUUUGUACGAUACUUUUAUACCGUUAAUUAAAUAAAUAUACGUAUUUAAAAAUG